CCACGUCAAGCCAAUAUGGGAAAAGUUCACGGCUCUCUCGCCCGUGCCGGCAAGGUCAAAUCGCAAACCCCCAAGGUUGAGAAGCAGGAGAAGAAGAAAACCCCCAAGGGUCGUGCCAAGAAGCGGAUUCUCUACAACCGCAGAUUCGUCAAUGUCACCACCCUUCCUGGCGGCAAGCGGAGAAUGAACCCCAACCCGGAGAAGUAAAGCAGAGCUACAAAAGCUUGAACGGGUUACCCCCGCGUCCCGUCGCGGGAGGUUUCUGCACCAAGCAGCUACACAGGGGUUGCGGGCAGAGUGUAUUCAUAUCAUUCCGCAUUGUUUCUUUGCACGCUAUAUUAUCUCUCCACCCACAUGUCAUUACGAUAUGCACUCGCACUCAUGCCAAUCCACUUAUGAUUGACAUUCUCCUACUUUGAGAAAGGCUGAACUGAGCAUUGCGGAGUCCACGGCAGAUAUGAAGACGGCCCAUACGGCG